AUCGUCAUUCCGAGUGCGAUAAUUGAAAACUUCGACCUAUCCCCUUCGUUCUCCUCUAAUUAGGGUUUCAAAUUUGCAGAGAAAACUAGGGUUUUUCUCAAUUGAAGAUAGUAAUUUUAGUUAACAUGGUUGCAACAACAAGAAGGAAGUCUAAGAUUACAAAGAAAAAUGCAGCAGAAGAAUCAGAACACAUUGAAGAAGGAAAACCUUCUAUUCAGAAGUUACAAGACCUUCAAGAUGAACUUGACGAGGUCAAGGAUGAGGCAAAUGAAAAGAUAUUGAAAUUGGAGCAUAAGUAUAAAGAGAAAUGGAGGUCUGUAUAUCAUAAAAGGAAGAAGCUAAUCUCUUCGAUUCCUGAUUUCUGGUUAACUGCGUUUUUGAAUCAUCCUGGACUUGGUGAUCUCAUAACUGAAGAUGAUCGGAAGGUUUUCAAGUACCUAAAGUCACUGGACGUUGAAGAAUUUAAAAACGUGAAGUCCGCAUACUCGAUAACCUUUAACUUUAGCCCGAACCCGUACUUUGAAGAUGCAAACCUCUCAAAGACAUUCUCAUUCUCUGAUGAAGGGAUGGCUAUUAAGAUAACUGGUACAAAAAUCAAGUGGAAGGAGGGCAUGGACAUUGCUAAUGGAGUUAAUCGUGAGAAAAAAGGGAGCAAACGUCCCUUUGUCGAAGAAAGCUUUUUUACCUGGUUCAAUGAGGCCAGACAAGAAUUUCCGGAAGGGAUUCAUGAUGAGGUGGCAGAGAUAAUAAAAGGGGAUUUAUGGCCCAAUCCUCUUAAAUAUUUUAACAAUGUGUCUGAUGAAGAUGGUUCUGAGGGAGAAAAAGAAGAUGAGAAAGAUUCUGAUGGAGAGAAAAAUGGUGAUGAGGAGUUUGAGGUAGCUGGAGAUGGUGAAAAGGUGUCUGAUGGAGAUGGUUCUGAGGGAGAAGAAGAAGAUGAGAAAGAUUCUGAUGGAGAGAAAAAUGGUGAUGAGGAGUUUGAGGUAGCUGGAGAUGGUGAAAAGAAUUUGGAUAAUCAUAUCAGUAACAGCUUAGACGUGGGUACUGAUUUGAUGCAAAGUCAUGAGAAUGAGCUAUCAUUCACUGUGGAUGUGGGACAUGUUUUCCAAACUGAGCAGGUGUUUGAUUCACGAGAUCAUAUUAUCCAGUGGUGUCAGGAGGUCGGUAAGCAAAAUAAGAUAGUGGUUGUGAUUAUUAAAUCUCAAAAACCAAUUGCAGGUAAAAAAGCCAGACUCACACUUGGGUGUGAGAGGGGAGGUUUUUUUCGCAACCACAAGAAGAAGUCGGAACAACUUAAGGAGAAACCACGACAGAGGAAAAGAGUAACUGGGACAAAGAAGUGUGGAUGUCCCUUUGCCUUAAAAGGAGUAUGGUCUCCAGGUGAUAAAUGGAAGCUUGAGGUUCAGUGUGGGAGACACAACCACGAGCUUGCUGUUGGGAAUUCUUAUGUUGGCAGGCUAAAGGAAGAUGAGAGACAAUUACUUAUUGAAAUGACAAAGAGUGGGCUCCGACCGAGACAAGUGCUUAAAACAAUCAAACAAACAAGCGAAGGUAACAUGUCGACUAUGAGAACUAUUUACAAUGCGAGGUCACGUUUGAGGUUAGGCGAUAUGGAAAGAAGGUCUGCGAUGCAGCAGGUUAUGAAACUCUUGUCAGAACAUCAUUAUGUGGAAUGGCAUAGGAUGGAUACAGAGACAAAUGAAGUAAAAGACAUAUUAUGGGCCCACCCUGAAUCCCUUCAAUUAGCGAAGUGCUUUCCUUCUGUUUUAUUGGUUGACUGCACAUAUAAAACAAAGCGAUACCGAAUGCCGUUAUUCGAGAUUGUAGGGGUUACAUCAACGUGCAAGACAUUCACCGUCGCAUUUGGGAUUAUGGAGGCUGGGACAGAAGCGCACUACUCAUGGGCCUUAUCUUGUCUUAGGACGAUUUAUGAUGCAGAGUCUUUGCCCUCUGUAUUUGUGACAGAGAAAGAGAGUGCACUGAUUAGGGGAAUAAGUGAUAUCUUUCCACAAGCCAGCCAACUACUUUGCACUUACCACAUUUCCAAGGAUGUGGCAUCAAAUUGUAAGAAACAUUUUCAGAACAGUGAAGAAUUGGACAUAUUUUUGAAGGACUGGAAUGAAAUAACACAAGCGAAGACGCAUAUUGACUUCUAUGACGGUUUUGCAGAAUUUGAACGUAAAUGGGUCAAUUAUCCUGCUUGCUUAAGAUAUCUGCGGGAAACAUGGUUAGAACAGAAAGAGCAUUUUGUAUAUUCAUGGACCAAUGAAGUUAAGCAUUUUGGAUACACAACCACAAAUAGAGCCAAGAAAGCACAUUCAGAAUUAAAACAACACCUGAGAUCAUCAAAACGCAACUAUACAUCAUGUUGGAUGGCGAUGCACAGGAUGAUAAUUGGGGAAAUAAUAGCAGUGAAGGCCUCAUUUGAGAAAAGUUUGUCUACACUACAACCUUCUUAUAGUUCACCUGCAUUUAAUGAGUUAAGGGGUCUUGUUUCUCACCAUGCUCUCGAUCUAUUGGUCAUGGAGCUCUCAUGGGAUAGCGAAGUUGACAUUAAUGGUUCAGAUUGUCGAUGUGCAAUUAGUUCUACACAUGGACUGCCUUGUGUUCACAAGAUAGUCGGAUUUGCUCAAGAGGGUCGACCUAUUCCUUUGUCUGAGAUUGACCCACAUUGGAGGACACUCACGGCAAUCCCUACCACAAAGCGACACAGUGAUUCAGAUUACCUCCCUGAUUGGGAUCUUUUCAAACAGAAAUGGGAGACUUCGACCGAAGAAGAACGCCAAGGAAUGUGGAGGAAGCUAAAGCAUAUCGUUACUCCCACUUUGAUAAUGACAGAAGAGCCCAGUCCCUUUGAUUGCUUGGAGGAUCAGAUCGUGCAGCCCACCUUAGACGCCACAGAAAAAUCCAGUGAUUGCGGAUCCUUGGAAGAACAAACCACACAGAACCCUGUUGAUAGUGAUCACAUGGAAGAUCAAAUUGUUACACCUGUGUUGACUACCGCGGAAGAACCCAGUAAUUGUGUAGCCUUGGACGUUGUUAUUCCCAAUUCGACAAAGGUGCACGAAUCCGAUGAUUGUGAAACACAUGGAGGAUCCAACUGUUACUCUUACCUUGUCAAUUGCGGAAGAGCCCUCUAAUCUUGUGCAUGUGGAGGAUAAAAUGGUUACUCCCACCGACGGUAACGCAAGUACUAGGUGAUGAUGAACACUUGGAGGAACAUAUUGUUACCAGCACCUUGGCAAUGCCACUGAAACCUUGUGAACGUCCGAAUUCAUCCUUGUGUUCGGCCAACACCAACCACGACUUCAAAACUCAGGUGAUUGUGGACACAUGGAGGAAUCGUAUCUUGCAAAAAAAUCUUAGUGAGCUCUUUUAACACAAUUUCUUAUUUAUAUAGUCGAUGGCUUCAUGGCCUUCAUGGGCAUGGGCGUGUCGCCUAUUAUUUCCUUGAUUAAAUGAUGUGCACCUGUACAAAGAUACGAACUACUUAGUUUUGCAGGGUAGUCGAAUAAGUAAAAUUUUCAUUUUUUUUUUCUUCCAAAUUCAUUCUCUUGCAAAUAAGUGUGUUUUUUAUUGGGCCGACCGAUCGAAGGGACCGAAAGGAUGGA